AGUAUCAGUAUCAUUUACAUUAUUUUAUAAAGUGGUUUAAAUAAUAAACGAAAAUGGGCAAGUUUUGCUGUAUUUUGUUUCUUUAUCUUAUCGGCUAUGCAACAUGUUUCACAAUAACGCCUUCCGACACAAAUAUUAUCCUUCCCACUCAAACAAUAAACCAAAGAAAUCCUAGAUCCUUUAUAAGGACUUUCGAGAAUAAAACUGAAGUGAUACAGUGCAGAGAAGGCACAAAAUUCGAUUUGAAAACGAUGGUGUGCGUGUUUGACGAAAAAAAUGUGCGCAAACUUAGCACCUUACUAAAACCAAAUCUGCAUAAUACGCUAUAUUGCCCUGAAUCAAAAAACACUUUUGAUUCCUAUUUUUAUGCCGAUGACUGCAAAUCUUUUCUCCUAUGUGGACCGUCAGAGUCUCUAUUAGUGAAAUGUGCUGGAAAUCUGCUUUUUAAUCCGACUAUGGGAUUUUGCGACUAUCCUUUAGAGGCCGGGUGUUGUGAAUCCGAUGCCCAAAAUUCCGAUGUAUUUUGGGUACAAUAAAUACGAUAAAUAAAACGAUAUGUUUAAGUUGUUUAUUGUAUUUUUAAUUUAAAUAAAUUUGUUGAGAUAUUUCUGCUAUAAAAUGCAUUUUUAUUAUUGUUUACUUUGGAAACUAUAUGUGUAUUUAUAUUUAAACAAAUAAAAUAUUUAUAUUUGAACAAAUAAAUACAUUAAAAUUGAAUUUUAU